AUGAUGAGGAAAUUCGGAGCGAUGCCAACUAACGCAGAUCCUUGCGUGUACGUGGUCGACAUUCUGGUCUUCUCCCGAAAUAAAGGUAAGAUUCUAAAAUUAAAGGAAUACCUCUCACAAGAAUUCGAGAUAAAGGAUCUCGGCGAGCCGAAAUACUGUCUUGGAAUUGAAUUUGCACGAGACGGGAAUCAUAUUGCAAUGCGCCAAAUGGGAUACAUUAGAGAUGCAUUGGAAUGGUUUGGAAUGACAGAUUUGAAACCUGUCAGUACUCCUAUGGAUGUAAAUGUAGAACUGACAAAAUCAGACCAGUAUCCGGAAGUCAAGGAGAGGAAACUGUCUUUCAGAGAAAUGGUGGAUGCAAUUAUGUACUUAGCUGUUGCAACGAGACCUGACAGCACAUGCUGUUAG